AUGCUGCGGCUCCCCAGGGGAGUGUCCCCUGCCCCGGGGAGGGGGGGUACCGCCCUCCCGGCCCCCCCUCCCCACCACCACCCGAAGAAGGUCAUGUCAGUGAUGGGCUCCUGUGAUCCGGGGGCUUCCAGCCUGGGCAGCCCCCCGUUAUCCACAGGCGGUUUCACCCAGGUCUACACGCCAGCAGCUGUCAGCGGCCCCGCUUCCCGGGGCGGGUGUCUCUGUGACACCCCCCAGGGCCCCGAGCUCAGGACCCUCUGUUCAGCCUCGGCCGGACGGCUGCCGGCCAAGAGGAAGCUGGACCUGGAGGGCCCCGAAUUUCGCACACCCAAGGGGAAGGGCUGGACACUGGCACAGGUCCCCAGCCCCAGAACCCCCAAGUCUCCUGGGGAGAAGACUCGCUACGACACCUCACUGGGUCUGCUUACCAAAAAAUUCAUCUGUUUGCUGAACGAGUCUUCCGAUGGUGUUGUGGAUCUGAACCGGGCUGCUGAGGUGCUGGAGGUCCAGAAACGUCGCAUCUACGACAUCACCAAUGUACUGGAGGGCAUCCAGCUCAUCCGCAAGAAAUCCAAGAACCACAUCCAGUGGAUGGGGACAGGGAUCUUUGAGGAUGCAGCAAUGGUGGCGAAGCAACAAGUGCUGAGUGGGGAACUGGCUGAACUGGCUAGGACAGAGAGGAUGCUGGACCAGCUCAUGCAGAACUGUGCCCUGCAGAUCCAGCAGCUGGCUGACAACGAGACCAACCAGAGGCUGGCAUACGUCACCUAUCAGGACCUCCGUGCCAUCGGCAGCUUCCAGGAGCAGACGGUGAUUGCUGUGAAGGCUCCCCCUGAGACGCAGCUGGAGGUGCCAGAUUUCAGCCAGGAGAACUUCCAGCUCUACUUGAAGAGCACCAGUGGUCCCAUCGAGGUGUACCUCUGCCCAGAGGAGAUCACGGAGGAGAGCCCCACCAAGGACCACCCUGUCCCCUCUGCUGCCACCUCUGCACAGGACCACCCUGUAUCCCUUUCCCUGCCAAACAGCUCCCCAUCAGCCACACAGCCACCCCACCCCAUCUCCCAGAGCUGGGGGGGCACAGGAACUGCUCUCUCACCCCCAUCUCUGCCUCUCCCCAUCCAGGGGGGACCCAGCUCACUGCUGGAGAUGGAACCUGGGCUCCUGGGCUCCCCUGCCCACCUUCUGCAGCAGACAGAGGACCAGCUGCCCUGCCCCCCCUCCCACCUGGACUUGGGACCCUCUGUCACCUUCUCGCCCCCCCUGGAACAGGAUGACUAUCUCUGGGGGCUUGAGGGCGAGGGAGUCACAGACCUCUUUGAGACAUAUGACCUGGGGGACCUGCUGAAGCACUGA